GUCACAACAGCUCCAUACACCAUAACACAAUGACAACUAAUGGGCAUACUGACGGUGUCAGCUCUGGGAAAGCUAUCGAAACACGGCUAUUCAUAAACAAUGAGUAUGUCAGCUGCAAGUCUGGACAGACUAUCACGGUCAAGAAUCCUGUAGAUGACUCAGUCGUCACGUCUGAGGUGCAGGUGGCCGGUCCGGCGGAUGUUGAUGCUGCAGUGGCCGCUGCUAGAGCAGCUUUCAAAAGCGGACCAUGGAAGAGCUUCACCGGGCUCCAGAGGGCCGUCUGCAUGAACAAACUCGCUGACCUGAUGGAAGCGAACAUGGACGACUUGUGCAGACUCGAAAGCAUCGCGAUGGGCCAGCCCAUCGUCGUGGCCAAAAUCUUCAUUGGCCUCAGCAUUUCACAGUGGCGAUACUAUGCUGGAUUCGCAGAUAAGAUUGGCGGCGACAUGUUUCCAGAAGAUGGAGAUGGAACGUACAAGCUUGUCCGGUACGAGCCGCUUGGCGUGUGUGCGGGCAUAUCUGCUUGGAAUGGAACUCACGUCUUCAUUUGUUGGAAGUGUGCUCCUGCAGUGGCUACGGGAAACACUAUCAUUUUCAAGUCUUCCGAGAAGUCUCCUCUAGGAGCCCUUGCCAUGGGCAAAUUGGUGGUGGAAGCCGGCUUCCCACCAGGCGUGAUCAAUUUCAUUUCAGGGGGUGGAGAGACUGGUCAUCUACUUGCCAGCCAUAUGGACAUCAACAAGAUUAGCUUCACUGGCUCUGUCCAAUCCGGGAAGAAAGUCCAGCAGGCUGCUACAAACAGUAACCUCAAGCGGGUGACACUGGAGCUCGGAGGGAAGUCGCCUUCACUUAUCUUCAACGACGCUGACAUGGACAUGGCCCUCACUCAAGCCUCUCAAGGCUUUCUCACCAACACCGGCCAAAUCUGCGCGGCCGCUUCGCGCACCUUCGUCCAGGAGGGGAUCGCGCCCAAGUUCGUCGAAGCAUUGAAGGAGAAGUUCGAGCAAUUCGUCCACGCAAUGGGCGACCCACUCGCUCCAAACACAUUCCUUGGACCCCUCGCCGAUCGCAUCCAGUUCGACCGUGUCAUGAACUUUUUGGAACAGGGUAAGAAAGAUGCCCAACUCCUCACGGGCGGUGGCCGCCAUGGCAACAAGGGCAAUUUCAUCGAACCCACAAUCUUCCUCGACCCGCCCAAGGAAAGCAAGAUAUACACGGACGAGAUCUUCGGCCCAGUCCUCGUCGUCAAGACCUUCAAGACCGAAGAGGAAGUCGUUGAGCUCGCCAAUGACACCUCCUACGGUUUGGCCGCGUAUCUUUAUACGUCCGACAUCACACGCGCAUUGCGCGUCUCGGCAAACCUGGAGGCUGGCUCGGUCUUCAUCAACGGUCCCUUCAUGCCGACCAUCAACACGCCGUUCGGGGGGCUCAAACAGAGUGGGAAUGGUGGCCGAGAAUCUGGGAAACAUGGGCUCAUGUCGUAUCUUGAGCCAAAGAGCAUUCUCAUCAACAUGACUGCGUCGUCGAAAAAUUAGGAAAGGCUGGUGCAACUGGCAUACCCAAUUUUCCCAUUUCUGGUCGCUGUAGCUCGGGUCAGCACUCUAGGCAAAUGUGCGUUGUGCCAUUUUUGCGCCGAAUCACCGUCACGCAUACAAACUUCGGACUGUCAAUGGCUUCAAAGCGCAUAUAAUGCAAUGAAUGGAUUUCCUGC